ACUUCCACGCGUUCGUUGCUUGAUCGAUCAUCUCGUCCGUUUUCUCCCUCUCCUUCAUCCCCCCCUCCCCCUCCCCCGACCUCCUCUCUCACCCACACCCCACAAACGGACGGGGCGACGUCAACCACCCCUCCCCUUUCCCGCUUCUUGGCUCCUUCGGUUGCGUGCGUCUCGCCAGGUUCCGAGAAAGCGUCGCCAUCGCGCAUCCAGCCCUACGAGGCACGCUUCGUCACUCACGAGCAGCGGGCGUACCAUCUCCGUAGCUACACGUACGUGCGUACGACGGCUGCACCGACUCCAUCAUCGCCCCUGCCGAGGCGCCCUCCCGUCGACGCCGGUUCCCUGUCCGGCGCCACGCCGCCGCAUCGUUCGUGCGUGCAUGCGUGCAUGCGUGCGCAGGCACCACACCGCAUUACGAUAGCAAGCCCUCCACCGUCUCUGCUGCUCAUCCCGGCAAUCGAUUGAGAGGCUUCGGUCAGUCAUCAGCCAGCCAGUCGUCACCCGAGUACGUGCAGGCUGCGUUGCGUUGUCGUAGUCGUCGUCGUCGUCGACUCAUCGCACAUCAAUCACCAUCCAGAUCCAAUCCAGAUCUCGACCAAACCCCAGCGCGCCGCGUUGAUGAUGACGGCGGUGACAGCCCGUCACCCCGCGACCGUGCAACACGAUAUAGGUACGUCUUCGUCCCGUUGCUCUCGUCCGUGCCCUCCCACUGCCACCACCACCAUCACCACUAUGAUCUUUAUCAAUCGGUCUGCCGACAUCCCCCCUGUUUACCCGGACAUUGGAGCUUAGAAAGCGUCUCGCCCUCGCAUGACAUUCAAGCCCCGUCGUCCCGUCUCCGCAAUCACUGCCACCACCAUCACCAAGCCGCCUCCUCAUCGUCGUCUGCUACAUCCCGCAGGACCCUGACUAGGCAAAAGAUGCAGCUUGACCAUGGCGACCGACGGCCCUCGCAGCGACUGCCCGUCAAUCCCCGGCGGCACAAGGUAGCUCCCGAGCAGCGGAAGCGCGUGGCCACCGCAUGCAACUCAUGCAAUGUGCGCCGAAUCAAGUGCUCGGGUGACCGCCCCUGCAACCAAUGCGCCUCCACCGCGCGCGACUGCGUCUACCCCGUCCUCAUCGAGAAGGUGUCCGUCCCCAAGAGCGAGCUUGAGGAGCUCAAGAAGAAAGUCGAGGUCUACGAAAAGGCCCUCCAGGAUGCCCUGCCCGACCCGACUCGCCGCCAAGAGCUGCUUCACCACGCCGCGAGCCCGGACUCUUCCUCAUCGGCCAGUCCCUACACAAGCAGCAGCGCCCUCCACGGCACCACCAGCGGCAGCCAGCACCUCUCGGGCGCGAGCUCCAUCAAGACGGAGCCCACGGACGAUGACGGCCACCAGGUCCUCAGCCCCGGCAGGCUCCUCCAGGACGCCGACGGCAUGGGCCGCUAUGUGGGAGAGACGAGCGGCGCCACCUUCCUCGACCACCUCAAGGAGCUCAUGGGCGCCGUCAUGCCCAUGACCCAGCCCGCUGCCGCCGUGGGAUCGGGCGACUCGUUCCUCUCGAGCCUCGGCAGCUGCAUCACCUACGACUCGCGACCGCUCCUCAACGGCCCGCCCGACGAGGUCAACCCGCUGUGGCUCCCGCCGGACAGCACCGUCGCCGUUGUACUCUCGGAGCUGCGGCACUUUAUCCAGGACGGCGGCGGCCGCUGGCCGUCGGGCGGCAUCUACUGGUGGGGUGAUCUCGACGCAAUGCCCCUGCGGGCGCCGUCGCCGACCCCGCUGGCCACCGAGGUCGACCUUAACGAGUACCGACACCUCGCCUUCUACCACGCCGCCCUGGCCGUCGCCUGUCAGAGCACGACGACGCAGCCACAGCCACAGCCACCGAGCUCCGACUCCAGCCAGUCGCUGAGCGAGCCGUACUUUGCGCGCGCCGCUCUGCUGCUGGGCAACCCUCUCGACAUCAAGCGUCGCACCAUCGGCGACGUGGCAUCGCUGGCCAUGAUGGGCUUCUAUCUCAUCGAGACGAAUCGGCCGGACGCGGCAUACAUGUACGUCGCGGCGGCGAUGCACAUCAGCAUCAUGCUAGGCGCGCACCGCGGAUGGGUCGACGAGCGGGGGAAGAGGGUCUUUUGGUCCGUCUACGCGCUCGACAGGUGGUUGAGCUGUCUCAUGGGAAGGCCGCCGACCAUUACCGACGAUGCCAUCCAGCUGCCCCUACCGGCCGAUGCACCAUCCAUGCCUCCUGCCUACGGACUCCGGGCGCACGUCGAACUGUCGCGCAUCUCGGGCCACGUUGUCGGCAACACGUAUCACGGCGCCAGGGGCGGAACCGGCAGCGAGGCGGGCGCGCGGCAGCCGGACAAUGCCAUCUGGAUGCUCGAGCAAUGGCAGUCAUCGCUGCCGCCACCGCUCCAGCUCGGGUCUAACGGGCUCAGCAAUGACCCAGCCGUGUGCCUGCUGCACAUGCGCUACAACCAGCUUCUCAUCGUGGCGAUCCGCCCGCUCUUCUUCUCGGCCGUCAAGCGCGCCGUGGCAGAGCGGCUCAUGGCGCAGCCGCCCCCGUCGGUGGCGGCGACCAACCCGGAGCAGAACCUGGGUCAUCUGCGCUGCUGCAUUGCCGCGGCAGCGCGCAACAUGCGGUUGGCGCGGCACGCCAUCACGCUGAAUGGCCAUCGCAAGCUCUUGCAUGCGGGGCUACACUUCAUCUUCAACGCCGGGGUGUGUCUCAUCCUGCGGCGGCUCGUGGUGGCGCCAGGCGAGCAGGAGGACGAGGAGCUGCGUCUCGUGCACGGCGGGGUCGAGUUUGCCAUUGACAAGAUGCUGGAGGCGAGCCGGACGGGCAACAGCGACGGCAGGCGCUGCGCGGAAACGCUGCGCGACCUGAGUGUGCUCGUGGGUCGACUGACAGCACCAGCGCCGGCGGUGACGCCGACGGACCCGAUGCUUGGCGGCGGCGGUACGGAUGAUCCGAGCAUGCGCGCCGGUGGCGGCGGCGGUGGCAUGGCUCCGCUACUACCCAUGACGUCGCAGGAGCUACCGGUGCCGCCACCGAUGCCGGUCGGCGAGGACCAGGUGCUAUACGACGAGCUGAUGACGUGGAUGGGCGACGACUGGCCGCUGUACAACGGGUACAUAAACGAGUGAAGGACCUAUCUCGUCGAUGGUUUCUUAUAUUUCUCUUCUUUAAUACAAUAAUACCUUCUUCUGUGGAGGAUACUACUACGAGUAGAGUCGUGGCCGGGGCUGGACAGCAAGUGUUUGGGACCGGGCGCGAGGUGGGAAUGGGAAUGGGAAAAGCUAGAAGAGGCGCAGGCAGCGGAGAUGAUGGUAUACAGGACCGGGCGCGCGGCGGCACGCACGCACGGGCGGGUGUUUAGAGCCUGAGUACAUAAUGAAUGAAUUUCAUGAGAACAUGGGGUUUUAGAUGAAUUGCUCGGGAUUUGGGUAUCUGAAACGAAAUGUGUACAAUGUACGCAGCAGCUUUGAAGUGUGUUUCUGGAAGCUUUCUGGAAGCUGUGGCUGGAAUCAA